AUGCACCAAAUAAUCAGCACGCUGGGGGCGUUCCUCCUCCUCAUGGGGUCCAUCCCGACGGCCUUCGGGCGGAUGAAGUUCCUCAGUCCGCCCGAGUUCGACGGGCCACGAGAUGUGCGGCAGAACACCGUGUGGACGGUUGGGUCGCCGCUCGAGUUGCGAUGGACCCCCGGCGAGGAAGGGAAGACGUUGUCCGUGAUGCUUUACCAGAUCACCCCAGAAAAGGCGGCGACGUUUGACGGGAAGUUUGAUUACACUGAGUCGGACGGGGCCGAGUAUAUCACCCGCGACCAAAUCAAUGCAACAGACUUCACCUGGCUAGUCGGCACCCGCCGGGACCUCUCUGUCUCUCCCAUGUUCGCCAUCGCCAUCUGGCAGCAAGGCGCCCUCAUCACCGACUCGACCAUCAACAUCUUCAACAUCUCGGAUGCCCGCGCACCCCCGCCAUCUUCAACGCAGACAUCCUCCACACUAAAGACCACGACAACAGGGACAGCAAUGGCAACAGCAGCGACGGAAACAGGAAGCGAAGGACGCACCACACGAUCAGGAGCAGGAGCAGGCACGGGCGUGCCUCCGACGCCAGCAACAGGGACGGCUGGGGGGAUAGAAACUGGGGUUUGGGCAGGGGCGGAAAAUGGGGGAUCGGGUUCAUCCGGCUCUUCCUCCAACAGCAGCAGCAGCGGUUUAUCCACCAGCGAAGCCAUCGGCGUCGGAGUCGGCGCCACCGCGGGAGUUGUCUUACUCAUUGCACUCGGCUGGUUUCUCGGUCGCCGCUGCGCCCGAAACAAACAUAACCGUGAGAAGCUAGCGCUCUCCGAUCCGAGCGUGUCCAAUGAGCAGGAGAUACGAAGUGAAUAUGGGCAUGGAGAUGGGAACAGCGGGUACUACCUUGGGCCAAAUGGGACGUAUUAUUACUAUAGCGGCACCGCCAGUCACGGCCCACCGACUGAGAUGGGUGUGGAAAAGGAUCCGGUUGAGGCGCUGCCAGGGGCAGAUGUGCAGAGAAAGGUCGAGUUGCCCGCAUCAGGGUGGUGA